AUGGCUUCUUCUUAUUAUGCUAAUACACCUUCUUCUGCUAAUUCACCUUCUGCUAAUAUACCUUCUUCGGCUAAUUUACCUUCUUCGGCUAAUUCACCUUCUUCUGCUAAUUCACCUUUUUCGGCUAAUUCACCUUCUUCUGCUAAUUCACCUUCUCAUACACCUUCCACUAAUAUAUCUUCCACUAAUACAUCUGUCCCAAUCAUAUUGAUAUUUAAUCAAUUAAAAAUAUAG